CGGCCCAUAUAUCCAUGCAUAACAUAACAGCCUACCGACGACCAUCAAAGCAAACAGUGAAACGCAAUGCGAUUUCAAUCCAUGGCGAGCUCUAUCCUCUAUCGAGAGACUUGCCCUAGUAUAAAAGGCAUUCUUCUCUUGGAUUCCGAAGGGAAGCGUGUAGCAGUCAAGUACUACUCCGACGAUUGGCCAACUAUUAGUGCAAAAUCAGCUUUUGAAAAGUCUGUGUUUACCAGAACUCAAAAGGCAAAUGCUCGGACGGAAGCGGAUAUUGCAAUGUUUGAUAACUAUAUCGUUGUCUAUAAGUUCGUCCAAGACCUCCACUUCUUUGUAAUUGGAGCUGAUGUUGAAAAUGAACUAUUCCUGGCCACAGUUCUCCAAGGAUUCAUUGAUGCAGUUUCCUUUCUCCUCAGGAGUAAUUUUGACAAAAUAGAGGCACUCGCGAAUUUAGAUCUUAUUCUUCUAUGCCUGGAUGAGAUGGUUGAUGGAGGCAUGAUCCUUGAAAAUGAUGGCAAUAUAAUUUCCGGAAAAGUGGAGACCCAUAGCAGAGAUGAAGCGGCACCCUUGGCUGACCAGACUCUCAGUCAAGCUUUGGCUACAGCACGUGAACAUUUGACAAGAUCCCUUCUCAGAUGAAGUAGUAUCUCAUAGUACUUACAGGAAACAAGUUCCUUUCAUUCUUUAUUUAAAACUGUUUCGCGAUUUGGUGAGACAGCUGUUUAUUUCACUUCCAAUUUUACUACUAUAUAAUUGGUUUCUUAAUAAUCCCAUUGUCGUUUUUACUACUUUUUUCCCUGCAUUGUCGGUAUAUGAUUUGAUUAAUAAUUAAUGUUAUA